AUACGCCAGCCUAUACUUCUGCUGCGCCAUCGAAGGCCAGGACAACGAGCUGAUCACGCUGGAGCUGAUCCACCGAUACGUGGAGCUGCUGGACAAAUACUUCGGCAGUGUGUGUGAGCUUGAUAUCAUCUUCAACUUCGAGAAGGCCUAUUUCAUCCUGGACGAGUUCCUCAUGGGCGGGGAGAUCCAAGACACCUCCAAGAAGAGCGUGCUAAAAGCCAUCGAGCAGGCUGACCUGCUGCAGGAG